UCGCAACUCACCAUCCCCCUCCCAUUGCAUCAGAGAGAACGAAAAUGACUGCCUUGAGGUUUGUCAAGUCUGUUUGGGAAUCUUUCCGGGCUACGUCAGGGCUGGAGCCAAGGAUAUUGGAUAACCUCCGGAUAACUGCCGCCAGACCUGGGGUCGUCAAUUUCGAACUCGACAUCCAGAAGCAUCACACAAAUCGCCUCAAUAUCCUCCAUGGAGGAACAAUUGCGAGUAUGGUGGACCUUGGGGGCUCUCUGGCCGUAGCAUCGCGUGGAUUAUUUGCAACCGGUGUCUCAACAGAUCUCAACGUGACAUACCUCAGUUCAGGUGGGAAAAUAGGUGACAAAAUUCUGGCAGAGGUCAACUGUGACAAAUUUGGCAAAACCCUAGCAUAUACAACGAUCAAAUUCACAAAUAGCGCCGGUGACAUUGUCGCAAGAGGAAGUCAUACUAAGUACAUUGCUCUCGCCUGGAAAGACCCACAGAAUAUUGUUGAGGAACUCAAUGGACAGAGGUCUUAGUACAUCGUCAUAUAAGACUCGGUUGAGCUGGACCCUACCUAAUAGACAGCAGUUGUCCCUGGUUUGCUCUGGAUUCUAACCAGGUAGAAGGAUUGCGGGUACUACUUUCAAUUAUAUAUUUUAGAGAUGAGUAUAUUUCUGUGGAGAAUCAAUGUACUAGAAUCAAGAAUGAUACAGGGCUU